AUGGCAGAGUCAUCCGCGCUACUCCGGAAAGACCAGCUCGCAACUAGCUUGCACAACGAAAGAAAGCUGAUCGAGGCUGGAAAGCUGAAGGAAGAUAACCCGCUCGACCUCAGCGAGGGGUUUAAAGAGCUCUGUGAGGCCUGUCGAAGAGGAGAUUUGAAAGUGUGCGAGGAGAAAAUCACCGAGGGAGUGAAUAUUAAUGCCAGAGAUCUCUUUGACUGCACUCCUCUGAUUCUUGCUAGUCUCUGUGGUCACUAUGAAGUCGCGCAGCUUCUCCUUGAUUCUGGUGCCUUGUGCGAGCGAGACACUUUUCAAGGCGAAAGAUGCCUCUACAACGCUCUUAACGAUAGGAUACGGAAUUUACUAUUGAAGUAUGACUACUCAAAGUCGACCGAUCCUCUGCAGCCGUAUGCUGCACAUAUUGCAUCAUUAUUAUCACGAGAUCACCCCCAGACGUCAGAUAUCCUUGUAACCUCAGCGGAUGAAUCAUUCCACUUACAUAAAUUCAUUCUGUCCGCAAGAUCGCCAUAUUUCCAGAAAAAGCUGGCCAAUUCUCCCGAGGCGACAACAUUGAAGCUGUCAAACACGCUUCCGCCACAGGCAUUCAGCGCCGGUAUUAAAUACCUCUACCUUGGAGAGGCACCACGGGAGCUUAGAUCAGGCCCCGGGACUGGUUUCACGGAGUCUGAAGUCUUGGCGGGAAUAGACAAGAUCGCAUCCCAGUUGGAGCUUCACAGCCUAAUGGACACGAUUUUGGACAGUGGUGAUCGGCGGUUAGCCAGGCAGAGAAGGACGGAUGAAGUGGUGAAGGGUCGCGAUCAGAUGGAAACGUGGUUCCAGAACAAUGUACUGAGGUAUAAAACUGUUGUUGACACCGAUAAGUUUAACGAAGUGAAAUGGAGCCGGGACAACAACGUAUUCGCCGAUGUGCUCCUCCGAGCUGACGAGGACAUGAUUGAGGACCUAGAUCAAACUGAAUUACUUCUUGAUCCCAAAAAUGACGAGGACUGGGGUGGGAUCCCUAUACGCCCAACGUCUACAAUACGGGUACGGGACUGUGGAAAGACCGUCCUAUAUCCCGCCCACCGAGCCAUGCUUCUCCGAUCGGAGUUCUUCCUUGCCAUGUUUUCCUCCACAUUUAGAGAGGCUCAAAUGUCACAACAUCUACAAAUCAUCCAUGUGGACUGCUCCCCUGAUGUUUUAAAGAUUGUCCUCAAGUUUCUGUAUACCGAUAAAGUGGACAUCCCCCUCGAUAUGGCAGUCGACGUUCUCUACGCAGCGGAUCUCCUUAUGAUCGAAAGGCUCAAAACAAAGGUAGCCAUGGUGAUCAGCUCGCUCGGUAAUGGAAGCCAGAAGUCGGAACGAACCCCAUGGCCAGGAAGGAAUGAAUCUCAACCUUCAACCAAUGUGGAGGAGUUCGAAGAAGAAGAGCCAAUAGACAUAUACGAAAUUAUUCGUGCCGCUUGGCUGACGCGCGUGCAGCGGCUGGAAGAAUUCGCGGCACGAUAUCUCGCAUACAGAUUGGAGUCGCAUAUCGACAGGCCAGAGUUCGAACAGCUCGUCCUCGAAUCAGCAACUCGUAUUCAAAAGCGACAGGAAACGGACUCCAUCGAACUGGUUGAUGACAUCCGAUAUUACCUCAGUGAUCGCUUUAGAUCGCCCUACGAAGAUUCCGGCCUUGACGAGAUGGAGGAAGAUGCGCAGAAAAUUGCGACUGAGCUACAAGAUAAAAUGACGAUAAUGCCCGCCGACGCGCCACAGUCUGGUUCGGACCUGGGAACCUCACCCUAUCUAUCUGACUCGUUGGGAUCGUCGUCACAGGGAUUCACAACACCCGAGGAAGACGAAGGUGUGGAUGCUCUCACCAACCGGCUUCCCAAGGACAGUCCCACGGGCCCCAUAAUUAGAACCCUGGACGGCGAAAUCGCAGGUAACGAGUUCGCGAGAGACGCCGCAAAUUAUCAGAUCCUCCUGAACAAACUUGAUCGCCUGUUAGGGAAGCUGAAUUUGGAUGCUUGA